AUCAUGGCCGGUAUGCCGAUCGUGGGGGAUAUCGCUUCCUCCCAUCGCUGGGUGGCCGAUCGGAAGCCUCAUGCUGAUCACCUCUCCGUGGAUUCACUUCGUUCUCGGGCCUGGGAGUUUCGUUCCAAGGUUCUGAAGGCGAUAAAAAGAGCUCCUUUGACUGAACACUCUCCCAAGGUCUGGGAAGCGACCCUGGAAGAUGUUGCCGAGGGAGCGGCGGUCGGGCCGUUCUUCGAAGAGUCAGAGGUCUCGGAGUUCGUAGGGGACGAUCACUGGAUCCCUACGCAGAGGUUCGAAGUCGUUCAGAAGAACAAAGUUCGGGGCGUGGAUAGCGCCACUUCGAACGGGAUCAAUAUGGCGACCGUCGUGACGGAGAAGCUCGAGCUUCCGUCUACAGACGCGAAUGUUGCCGUGAUCAAGUGGCUUCGCUCGCGGCUGCCUGACAAAGCUCUGCGCGGAUGGGUGCUGGACGAGCGUCGGGCCUAUCGCCAGGAUCCUAGUACCGGCAAGAUCGCUUUCUUCGUGAUGGUGGGCCACUCGUUCGGGCUGGUCUCCGCCGUCUACAACUAUAACCGGCGAUCGGCGGCCAUCACCGACAUCCUCAGGCGCGUGUUCUCCGUUGCCGCGUUCAACUUCUACGACGAUAAGUACGGGUUCGAGCCGGAGGACACUGCCGCGAGUGCGUUCGCGCUCGCUGAAAAGGUGCACUGGUGGCUGGGUGCGGGGUUUGAUCAGCAGAAGCUCCAGUU